AUGGAGCGCCCCGGCGCGCGCUGCAAGCCUGACUCCUACACCUACACAGUGCUCAUUUCCUGGUACUGCCGGAUCGGGGCGGGGACCGGGUGCCGGAAGGCCGCCAGGAGAAGGAUCUACGAGGCCGGCAGGCUGUUCCGGAGGAUGGGGGAGAAGGGGCUGGAGCCUGACGUUGUGGCCUACAACUGCUAUAUCAAUGUUCCUAUGCAUGUUGUUGUAACCCUGGUUAUGCUGCUUUCAGAAGAUGGUGGGAAAAUUGAACAAGAAAACCAUGGAGAUGCAAAUCCAUUACCAUCCCAAGAGUUGGGCAAAAUAGUUAAUGGGACUAAAAAGGUUCCUGCUACAUUAGAUGACUAUAGAAAGCUUGUAGUUCCAGUAAUUGAGGAGUAUUAUAGUACAGGAGAUGUGGAACUGGCAGUUUCUGAGCUAAGGAGUCUUGGAUCCGAUCAGUUUCACAAUUACUUUGUGAAAAAGCUCAUAUCCAUGGCAAUGGACCGCCAUGAUAAAGAAAAAGAAAUGUCAUCAAUUCUGAUGUCUGCCUUGUAUGCUGAUCUAUUGGACUCCUCCAAGAUGAGUGAAGGUUUUAUGAUGCUUCUAGAGUCAACAGAAGAUCUAUCUGUGGAUAUACCAGACGCUGUUGAUGUCUUGGCUGUUUUUGUGGCACGUGCCAUUGUUGAUGAAAUAUUGCCUCCCGUUUUUCUCACUCGGGCCAGAGCAUUGCUUCCAGAAUCUUCAAAAGGUAUUGAAGUUCUGCAGGUUGCUGAGAAGAGUUACUUGUCAGCUCCUCACCAUGCGGAGUUAGUUGAACGCAUGUGGGGCGGGAGCACACACUUUACUGUAGAAGAGGUGAAAAAGAGGAUCCAGGAUAUUCUGAGAGAGUACAUUGAGAGUGGUGAUACAGAUGAAGCCUUUAGGUGCAUAAGGGAGCUGGGCCUUCCAUUCUUCCAUCACGAGGUUGUGAAACGUGCUCUCAUCCUUGGUAUGGAGAAUCUAUCGUCGCAACCAUUAAUCCUGAAGUUGUUGAAGGAAUCAACGACGGGUUGUUUGAUCAGUUCUAAUCAAGUGUCGAAGGGUUUUUCUAGGGCUGCUGAGAGUGUUGAUGACCUGAGCCUUGAUGUUCCUUCAGCCAAAACGCUUUUUGACAAGCUGCUUUCAGCAGCCAUAUCUGAAGGGUGGCUUGAUGCUUCAUUCUGUAAAUCUGCUGCACCUGAUGAAGAUAUGUGGAAUGCAAGCAGUGAAAAGGUCAAGCGUUUCAAAGAAGAAUCUGAUCACAUAAUUCAGGAGUAUUUCCUCUCCGAUGACGUCCCAGAACUUAUUAGAAGCCUUCAAGAGCUUUCUGCCCCUGAAUACAACGCCAUGUUCCUCAAGAAGCUCAUCACUCUUGCUAUGGACAGGAAGAACAGGGAGAAGGAGAUGGCUUCUGUACUUCUUUCUUCGCUCAGCUUGGAACUAUUUUCCACAGGUGAUAUCAUGAAGGGAUUCAUAAUGCUUCUGCAGUCAGCAGAAGACACUGCCCUUGACAUUGUGGGUGCU